CCUGCAGCAGCCAUGUUACACCAAGCCUGGCAGCUCUAUGGGAGGUGGUGCCGUUGGUCCAGUCCUUUUAUCCAUCUCCUCAUACUGACUGUGGUGACAUUUGGUGUGCUUGCACCUUUGAUUUGCCACCGGCUCCUCCACUCUUAUUUCUAUUUGCGGCGCUGGCAUCUGAACCCCAUGAGCCAGGAGUUCCUGGAGCAGAACCAGCAGGAGGGCCAGGCUGCUCUCCAUUACUUUGAGAAGCUGCAGAUACCCAACGCCUCUGAGGCCUCUGGCAGUGACGCCUUCCAGCCCUUGCUGCUGGUCACCAUUAUCACUGUGCAGAGGCGGAAUGAUUUCCACUAUGUCUUGCAAGUAGCCUCCAGCUUCCACCGCCUCCUCCAGAAAUGUGGUGCACGUUGCCGGAGCCACCGCAUCCUCCUCUGUAAUGUGGAGUCAGACCCCAGUAGCCAUCAGGAUGUCAGGCUGCUGAGCAGCUUCUUUCCUAUGGUUAGUCGUGACAAAACUGGUGAGAACCCUGACCCCAGAGUGAACCAGUUUGAGAAGGAGAAGCAGGACUACGUCUUCUGCCUUGAGCAGUCGCUGUUGGCGUACAACCCAGAAUAUGUCCUCAUAGUGGAAGAUGAUGCUGUGCCAGAGGAGGAGAUAUUUGCUGUCUUGCAGCACCUCUUGUUGGCCCGGUUCUCCAAACCAUACCUCAGAGAUGCACUCUACUUCAAGCUUUACCAUCCUGAGAGGCUUCAGCGCUACUUCAAUCCUGAACCAAUGAGAAUCCUUGAGUGGCUAGGUCUGGGUAUGUUUCUGGGGCCCGUGCUGAACUGUGUGUACUCCUGGGCAACUGGGCGCCCCAGCCUCAGUUGGCCCAUUGUCUUGUUCUUUGCUUUGUACAGUAUGGCUUUGUCAGAGCUGGUGGGACGGCAUUACAUGCUGGAGCUGCGCCGGCUGGCCCCCACGCUGUAUAAUAUCGUGCCCGUCACCGAAUGCUGCACGCCUGCCAUGCUCUUCUCCGCUCCGUCUGCCCGCCGUGCCUUAGGUUACCUGAAGGGGCUGCACUGCCGCCAGGGUUUUGCUAAGGAUAUUGCCCUCUACUCACUGCUGCAUACUAAGGGGGAGAACGCCUAUGUGGUGGAACCCAACCUGGUCCGGCACGUGGGAAUGUAUUCCAGCCUUCGGCUAAACGACAACCCAAAACUGCUGUGA